AUGCCUGCCAUCUCCAAAACUAACGCUAUGUAUAAUUUUAGGAUGGCAGACUCGGACACGGAAUCAUUUCAUAGUGCUGUUGGUAGCUUGUCAGAUCGGGAGGAUACGAACACCAGUUGUGCUAACUUAAAAAGUGAAGAGGUUGAUGAAGAGAAGGAGGACGGUACUGUCGAAGAAAAUAAAUAUGAAUCCAAUGAGAUGCAAAAUAAGUAUUCUGAUAAUAAAUCUACGAUGUCGGGAACAUUCGUAAAUCGAAAGAAACAAUUAUUUCAAGGUUUAUCACUUUCCGAAGAAUCUUCAGAGUGCAGACCUAUUUCGAAAAGACGAAACUAUGAUUAUGCGUUAGUGGAUGCUCAUUUUAAUCCGGGGAGGAAAAUCAUUUCAACCGAAGAGUUAAAAACAGGUAAUGUCACUUCUCGAAAGACGCUUGAUUCCCAAUCACCGAAAUGGCGAAUUUCGCGAUGCAGUAGGAUGGGUAUGGGGAAGAUGUCAACAUCAAAAAAUGAUAACGAAUGUGACAAAAUUUCUCAGAAGAACGAGAUGAAUAGAUUUGAAGGUGAAGGAGUGCAAAAGAUUAGAACAGAUAUUGAUAAAAAGUCUGGAAUUGAAAGUAAGGGUCCUGAGCAAAAACUUAUUUCGAAAAUUAUAAAUAAUGUGGAUGAUGCCAAUAAGACAGAGAAAAAGAAAUGGUCUGAGGGAAAAGCUAUUAUUGAUCAUGACGGGUGGGAUAAUUGGGAAUUGGAGUAUGCAGGGAAAGAUGCGAGCGGUAGCGGAAUCCAAAAUGAAAAUCGGGAAUCGCCAUACAUGCUGACAUCUGACGAACAAAAUCGAAUUAUUGAUAAUUCGGAAUCGCAGGUUGCAUUGAAAACAAAAGAAGUCAAGCCAAACAAGUCAUUCUGGGAUUGGACUGAAUUUGGCGAUAUGUUCGCUGCUGUUGGAGAAGGUUUAACAAAUGCGUCCAGCGUUAUCGAAUCAGGUCUUGGAUUGCCGACACCAGAAGAAUUAGUAAGAAGCCAAUUGGUAGAGAAGUCCGCAAAUGACUCCACAAAGGAAGAAAUAGCUAACUCUAACAUAAAAUCAUACGGCAAGCUGUUCGCCGGUUUUGGAGCUAACGUUGUAACGGGUUCGUUAGACGUACUUGAAGCACUUGGCAAGAAGACAUUUGAAAAACUAACCGUACCAGAACAGGGUUCCGAGAAAAGACGAUUUAUCUUCGAACCAGAAAGGGAUCAAAAUUUGUCCGAAGUUUUACGAGAGCUACGCGAAAAUCAAGCAGAAGGAGCGGCAUUUAAAACUAGUUAUAUUACAAAGCGCGAACUUACAUUUAUUGAUUUCUUCGAGAAAUUUAGUGGCAUGCUUCAUCUAGAAGGCCUCGAAUUGCUUUCAAGAAAUUAUCUAAGAAAAAUUCCACCAAAAAGAAGAAGAGAAGUAGAUGAAAUUUUCGCUGAAGAUUUGGCGAUUACUUUGGAAGAAUAUCAGGAUGAUCAACAGGAAAAUUUCCUGCAUAAUUUUAAAGAGAUAUUGUUAGCCAUCGCCCUACCUUACAAGGGUUCGGGUUUGACGGAUUCCUAUACGCGAUGUCAAGAACGUUUGAAAAGGUUAUCGGAUUCUGGCGAUCAAAUUUUCGAACUUUUUUUGGAAUGUUUGGCUGAUUUUACUGCUCAGAGCGUGCAAUCAGUUCAUAAAUUGGGGCAGUUGCUGUUAAUUACAGCUACCACAGUGAAACAGGAACCGUUUUCUGAAUUACAUAGCCUGAUCGGACGACAGAUUUCAUUUUUCAGUAAUCAGUUUGCCCAACAUAUCAGUGCGGUUGAUACGCCUUCUGAAGAAAUAGAAGAAUUAGUCACGGCGGUAUUUUUAGCAGCUGGAGACUCAUUCUCAUAUGUACAACAGUCAUUUCGUCUUCUGCGACCGUUACUUAUUCUAUGA